CGGCAGCUCGUGUUAACCGACCGCGGAUACUUCGGUGUUGUUCCAAAGCAUGUUGAAGUAGGAGUUACUGUGUGCUGUUUCCUAGGUGCUGGGGUACCGUACGUUCUGAGGCACGUUGGGGAUUGCUGCAAGGGAACUGAAAAAAGCUUCAAGUUAAUUGGGGAGUCAUAUGUUUACGGACUCAUGCAAGGCGAAGCCUUUGAGAGUAUCGACAAGUCGACCAUUCGAGAAGAUAUA